AUGCAUUCAAGUAAAAUAUGGCUGCCGACCUUGUCGAUGUCAAACAACUAACAGUCAUCUUGUCGCGCAUCUCUUAAAUUGUGACAUCGUGAUCACUUUAACUUUCUUGACAUUGGUUAGUUUCUUUAACAAACAUUUGAAAAAAUAACUUAAGAUUAUAGGCAAAUCAGAUAUGCCUUGCUUUUUUGUAAGUACUUUAUCUGAGUUGUCUUUUAUUUUACUAGUUCAGGCUCUUCUUUAGACUAGUAUUAAGUAUUCCGUAUCGGCUAUGCCGUCGGUCGGAAUUAAUUGUGACGUCAUCGUUUUUGUGGCCUACUGCUCAAUCUUUCAGUAUCUCUUUGGAUUUAAAAAAGCAUGUUGAAUUUGGAAACGCCCUUUUUUUAAAUUCAGAAUUGUUCUGCUAAAUAGUUCUUAGUUUUAGGCCUACUACGUAAUUACUUAGCAUACAGUGCAAAUAAUAUAAUUAAUACUUUUGUAGUAAAUCUUUUGGAGCCGAUGAUGCACUCAGCUGUACCUGCCAUUUUAAUUUUAUGAUUUGUUAUUCUGAUUUUCUUGUCAGAUGUCACUAAUCACUAUCCGCAUUGAAAAUUGAUUGGAGAUGGAAAAAAUAUCAGAAUUCUGUUAGAUGCUAGCAUAACUAAAAUUAUCACUGGGUAUGAAUUGAAUCAUUCUAUGAUUUAUUUUUAUAGAAAUAGCCUAAGCCUACACUACAGAAUACUAAACACUGAUCACUGAUACUGAUACUGCCUAUUAUUGCCUACAUUUAUAACUAUUAUACUAUGUUAUACUAUAUAAUUUAUAACUUGGCUAUUGUUAGACUGUUACAUUUUAUUAUAAUAAGUGACCAAGUAGUAAUCAGUUAAGAUAAAAAAAAAUAAAAAGGAGUUUAAUCCACUACUAAACUUAAACUAAGUCAACUCAAUAUCAUGUUCAUUUAUUACUUAGUUAAACUUAUUUCUAUUACUAUUUAACUAUUUUUAUUGUAUUUUGCAUAUUAAUUUAUUAAUAUUAUUAUAUACUAAUACUAUAUUAUUAUAAUAAUUAUAUAAUUAUAUACGACGAUUCUUGGCCUUUAUUAAAAAAAAAAAAAGCUUCAACUUCAACAAUCAAUGGAAUUGUUAUCAUUUUAAUCAUCAAAUCAGUUUCUGUAAUAUUUUAUAAUACAUUUUACUACUUUUAUUAGAUUUAUUUCGAUGUUCAAAGAUUACUAAUGUAAUAAAACUAUCUUAUUGAAAGUAAUUUAGAGUCCCUUUCAUCAUACCGGUGCAAAAAAAAAAAUCCACCAUUUUUUUUUUUUCCGGUGCUGGUGGGGUCAUGACAAUUGGAAGGAAACUUCAUUCUACUGGAAAAGCAUAAAUUGGCUAUUUCAAAGUUAUUCCCCACCCUAUUUGAAUGCUUAACUGUUUUUUAAAGGUUUUAAUGUGACAUUAUUGCUAAAACGGAGUAUUUAAUACAUUUUAUAGCUUACCGUAUGUUCAAAGUGACACAAGAAAAGAACAGAGCUCAAUCCAGUUGCUCUAACGACAUGUGCGUCACCGGAAUACAAAUAUAAAACGUCAUCGAUGACAAAACAAAUGUACAAAUUGGAAACUGUGACGUAAAACGCAUAAAUCCGAGGUCACCGUAGAAGCAAUAGUAAGAUGGCCACUUCAAUUUUUGCGUUUUUUUUCCUCAUGCGCAGAAUGAAUGCGCAAGGGAGUAUCGGUAUGCCUACUUAAGGCUUAAGGUGGUCUAUGGGUCAAAAAUUUUUUUCUGUUUCAAACAUUAAUUAACAUUUUUCUUUUAGUACGUUGUACAUACCAUCUAUACACUAAUAGAAAGAUAAAAUACAUUUAUUUUGAAAUUUUUUUGUGUGACUUUUAUUUCAAAAAAGUAUAAUUUUAUACAAAUUUUUACAGUUACGCAUGGCAUAGUUAUGGAGACAAGAGGUUUUGCAAUAUCACAAUGAAACUUUUGCACACUGAUAAAUAAUAACAUUGUUAAAACACUAUUAAAGAGCUUAUUGCAUUAUAAUGAUUAGGAGAGCUGCAAAUACCAUCUUUGUGGAGUAACAUAGAAAUUUGACAAUUUUGUAGGGUAGCAUAUGUAAAAAAAUAAUUUUAAAAAUUCUGUUUGAUAGAUGUAAAAUAUCAUGUCAUUGACAAGUAGAGAAUAUCAAUGGAAAGAAGCAUGCAAAGUUUGGUUUGAAGUCCGUAGUUAUAAAACUUUUUCUGCUCAUACAUUUGGCAUUACUAAAAAUCUGAAAAAGGCAAAGUUGAGAAAGAUGAAAAAGAAGUUUAAAAAUUUUUUUUUUUUUUUAAACACAGGCUACAUGAACAAUAUAGGAUGGAUACACAAUAGACAUAUACCAUUCAUUAAUUAAAAAACAAAUUAAAAACAUAGACAGAACAGAUCGAAAAUAAAAUGACACAUUUAUUCAAACACCACCCCAUGAGCCUAAUAAAUAAAAUAUACUAAUAACAAAAAUUUUCCUAAGAGAUAUUUGUUAAAAAAUCAUCAAUCAUAAUGUACAGAGUAUCAAUAGAAAUAAGCCUGCAAGUUUUAAGUAUCUAGAUACAAUACUUUUCCUCAUCAAUUCUUAUUAUGAGACAUGUGUUAAAAAACAUUAAUCAUUAUGUAUAAUAUAAAAAACCUUGAAAAUUUUGAAGCAUAUAGCAAUAACACUUUUCCUCCUGAUACAUCUGAUGUCAGAGAUAAAUGAAAAAUCCUAAGUUAACUCUCUGCAGUCUGACGUUUUUUUCACAUUUCUUAAAAAUCUUAAGGUGAUUUUUUUAAAAUAAUUAAUUAACUGAUCUGAAAUAGCUCUGAUCUGAUCAGUUAAAUAUAUUAACUUGUUCAUCUUUGACUCAGCUAUUAUUAGAUAUUUUUUGUAUAUUUUAUUUUCUUAGUUAUAAAAAUAAUUGAAACAUUAUUGGAGAAUUAUUUUUUUUCCUUUUAUGCAAAGUUUUGACAAAAUUUUCACACAGUAUGAAGGAAAAAAAAAAUCCUUGUUUUAAAAGAUUUAAAAUUUAUUUAAAUAAAAUACUUCAUCAUCUAAUACUAGGGGUGUGCCGGAAUCCGUUCCGCCGGAUUUUGCACUAUCCGGUGAAAUCCGGUUCCGCCGGAUUUACAUGUAUCCGGAACAACCGGAAUCCGAAAUAUACCGGAUUUCGAAAUUUGCCAGAUUUUGUGACUCACCGGAUCAUAAUCUGAAAUAAAAGUAAUACUUGUUACGCACUGACGUGUAUUGGGAGAAAUUAAUCUCCUAUUUUAAUUUUAAUUUGGCUCGAUGUAAACAGUGCCUAACAAAGGACGAUACCAUAGAAUCAACAAUAUUAAAGAUACGACCCAAAACAGUUUCUAGUUACAAUUAAUUAAGAUUUAUUAUGUCUUAAGAUAAUUACAAAAUAAAAUAAAAUUACAAUCUUCAACUUACAGUAUGGCAGAUGUCGUACCGGUACACAGUUAAUACAAUUAGAAAUAAUGAUGCCAAUAAAUAAUGCGAAAUAAACACAUAUAAGUAGGAGCACACAAAUACACAAAGAAUAAAACACGCCUCGUAAUGUUAAGAAAAUCAUACACAGUUAAUACAAUUAGAAAUAAUGAUGCCAAUAAAUAAUGCGAAAUAAACACAUAUAAGUAGGAGCACACAAAUACACAAAGAAUAAAACACGCCUCGUAAUGUUAAGAAAAUCUAUCGGAAAUCUCCGUCCCUCCUCCGUGCCUGUCAAUCCCUUAUAUAGGUGGGUCUACCGACGCCCAAGCCCUGCCUUCGAGACAUUUCGAGAAAAAUCCCAAUCAUUCUACCAAAUACUAUUUGGAACAGAUUAAUUAUUUUUAUUCGUUGGCGGCGUCAACAAGUUACUUCAAAGGCCUAAACCACACCCCUUUGUGAACACAGCGUCUCAUGCGGGGUCAAUCAGAGGGCACGCACGAGAAAAUAUGAUGUAAACAAGCUCUCUAUAACAUACUCUUUCCCGAAUUCCACACGAUCAUGAUACAUUAAUCGAUUGUUUCGAGCGUUGAGCUUGUUUAAUGUUUAAUAUUCCGAACUUACCAGAGGCUAGAGUCAGCACCGCUAAUAGUGGCCAAUCGGCCCAAUCCCAUACAUGAUGAAAAAUUUUUAUUUUCUAAUUUAUUUCAAAGUUCUUCACAUCCAACUUCCAAUCAGCCAAUGUCAUUUAGCCAUUUAGGCCAACUGUUCAGAAGGCAUCCAACCCCUCAGAUUUACCGGUAUCUGCAAAGUACCAAAUCCGGAAACCGGAAUCCGGAUCCGGCGGAUUUCGCAUAAGAAAACCCGGAACCGGAUCCGGUUGGAAAAAACGGAUCCGGCACACCCCUAUCUAAUACAAUUCAUAGUCAAACAUGACAAAAAUUCUAUGAACAAUCAAAAAGUUGUCAACAUUUUAGCAAAACCUAUAUUUUGUCUUUUUUUCCUAAAAAAUGCUCUAUAAUUUUUCUUUUAAUUAAAAUUAUGUUUUGUAUGUAAUAUAUUUAAAAAAAUGGGCCUCAUAGCUUAUAGAUUUGUAUAUUAAAUAUAUUUGUUAAUAAUUCUUGAGUAACAGAUAACUAAGUAAAAUUUAAUGAUUAUAUAAAUUGCUCAAAACAAGAGUCAAUGUUGUUUUUUUUCAUUUUAAACUAGCGGUAUUCGCUGAUGUUAAACUUAAAAAAAAUUAAAAUGUUUCAGUACAAUAAUGCUUAUUUUGAUACUCAUGUCAAAUACAAUCCAUUCCUCACUAAUGUGAUCUAUUUUUUCCCAUGUACCGGCAUUUUUAUAUAUCUUUGUUAUAAUCCUCACAUAACACAGGCUGAUAAACUACAGUAUUCCUUAAUUAUAUUUAUGGACUCUGAACAAAUAUUAUUUCUUAAAACAGUCUGCAGUUUUAUUAUAAUAAUUAUAUUUGAUAAAUAAGAGCGUGUCCUGGACUUGAUUUCUACAUAAGAUUAGGUAAGAUUUUUCACCACAGAAUAUUCACUCAAUAAAGAAAGAACCUGUGAAAAAAAAAAAAUUGAUUGAUUCAUAAAUAAAUUAACACUAAUGGUAUCAGUAAUGGUAUGCUAUCAGUAAAGGAAAAUACCAUUAAUCCUAGUCCAAAUGCCUAAAUUAGAACAAAAGUAAACCAUUGUACAUAGGAAAUACAUUAUAACAUAUGUUGUAACAAUAUUGUGAUUUUAUUCUGUAUGCAUUUUGCUACCAAGUGAUUAGAUUAAAACUUACCACCACUUGUUUUAAGGGUAAAAAUCUUCAAAGAUAUUCAUCCAGUAACUCUGUAACUCAGUAAAAGGGUGGAGUCAAGGCUUAAUAUUUAGGAUCAAUAACGAAUAAGGGCUUCUUGAUCCAAUAUAUGCAUUUUUGUCUCUCUCUCCUCCUUCCCAUUAGAGUUAGAGAGCUUUUAAUAAAAACAUAAUUUUUUUUUUUUAUUCUGCCGACAGUAGUCUCUACUAAUACUAGUGACUAGCGAUAAUGAUAAUUAAAUUUAAGCACAUUUCUACUAUGCAUUAUUAGAAAAUUUAGAUGAUUAUUCUUGGCUGUACCAUAUUUUAAAGAAAUAUAUUUAGUUAAUAACUCAGAAUCUCAGAAGUCCUUAACUUUAAAUUUAUUUAAUUACGCAAGUUCCAAUCGGCCGAAAUUUGCCGCAAUUUUUUUUUAGAUAUAUAUUUCGCAUAGCGACGCUAUUUAUUUAUUUUAUAAUUACUGAAACUCAAUAAAAUUCAAAUAGAAUAUAUCAAUAUAAGUAUAAAUGGAUAAUAUAUACUUCAGCCAAUUAAAAUUUUAAAAAUAUCACUUUAUUGUUUUAUUAUUAAUUUUAAAGUCGGGAAAUCAUAAUUAAAAUUAAGCUUAGUUGUUUACGAUAGCAUUAGUCUGUACUUUUUUAUGUAAAUCGUGAUAAAUUUCAUGAUUAGAGUCUCCAUUUGGAUACAUUACUUUAGACAAACAAAUAACUCCUUGAUAAAUCGGGAAAUUAAAAUCAUUUGACAAUAUCCAUACUACUAUUUAAUUUUCUUUGUGAGACUCAUAUUUUUUGUUUUUUUGGAAAUCUGCGAAGCUUUCAAGGGAUACUCCGCGAUGAAUAAGUUUCCCAAAAAAAUUUUUUAAAAUAGUAAUUUCAAAUUUUGUAAUAAUUUUAAUUUUUUUACAAAUACUUAAGCUAAUGAAACAAAUUAUUAAAAUAUAAUAAAUAAAUUUUUUCAAUAAAAAAAAAGUUAAAAAAUAAAUAACCCACCCACAAAAUCUAUGGUACUUAUAAGUACCAUUUCUCUAUAGUCGGACUGCAGAGAGUUAAGGUAUCGAAAAUAGUUGAAAAACAUCAUUUUAAAAAAAUCACAGGCCCUUUAAACAAUAUAAAGGUCGCAUUGGUUUUAAACAUAAACUAUUUAAGCUAAAAUAAAGAUUAAAAAAAAAAAACAAACAUGUAAAUUAUUGAAAAUUUCCUCAAUGAUAACAAAUGUGCUUCGUACAAAAUAAAAUAAAUUAUCUUUUAAAAGAGCUUGAGAAAAAUUAACUGGGACAGUUUAGAAAAAAAAACCCAUCUGUCUUUAUGUAGAUAGAAUCAAUGGAAAUAAGAAUGCAAAGCUGUAAUCAUGUAGCUAUAAUAAUACUUUUGACCCUAUCUCACCCGACGCCGUUAAUAAAAAUGAAAAACGCAAAGUAAAAUACUAUGAAACAGAUUAGUCACAAGGUCAAUUCAAAGAUAGGCUGUAAAUUGACCUGUUGAUGAAUUGAAUAAUUAGACAUGUCAUUUAAUAAGAUUAAAAAGAAAUUUCUAAGAUGACUGUAGAAAUAAACUGGACAAUUCAAAUUAUACAUUCACGAGCCAUGGACGCUAAAUUUUUAAAAUAAAUUAUUAUUAGUCUUAGUAGUAAAAUAUGCAUAGAAGGCAAAGUAUCAAUUCAUCAUCUUAUAGUCAUAAACUUCUUUAGGGUGUACGUUACUUCAGGAUUCUUUGUGUAGACUGCGGACACAGCAUUAUUUUUUUGUUCUCAUUGACAAAGAAUGGCAGUCAGAAACUGUGUCUUAGAUUUGUUGUUACCGAACGCAUCUGGCCUGACGUCAUUAUGGUUAUUGAAAAAAGCCAUGGACAUAUUGCUAGUCUUUUGAUACUAACUAGCAUGGCUGUUUUCUCACCUUGUAGCCAAUGUUCUUUUGUUUGUAAGUCCAAUACUGAUCAUGUAAGACACUGCAGGUCUGAGAAGCAAUGUUCUAAAGAUAUCAGUCAGCAAUGGCAGUGAUACCCCUUGAAAUUGAAUGCAUGUUCACAUACAACAAAUGUGUUGUGAUGUUUGUGAAAUUGCUCUCUGACAAUAAGGGGCUUAUUGAAUAGAAUGAUCAUGAGAGCAUAGCUGCAUGUUUAGGAAAGGCAUGUUGGCAUAAAUCUUCGAGAUGAAAAUGGAAUUCUCAAACUUCACUGCUCUUGUAUGGUAUCAUACUUUUCCUUCCCAGUCUUUAGAUUCAAGGAGAUGCCAAAGGUAACCUAGAGAUGAUAAAAAAAAUAUUACCCUAUAUUAAUUUAUAGUAUAGAAAGUAAAAAUUCUGGGAUUUUAUUCUAAGUCUAAGUAAGAUAUGAACAUCAUUCAAAAUAAUUUUUAACUUUUAUAUUUUAUAUCAUAAACGAAAUUAAUUUUAUAAAGUUAGGCAGAGAAAAUAAAAUUGAAUUUACCAGAGAUGCUAUAUUUUUUAGAUUAAUUAUUAAAACAAUAUAUUUAAUUCUUACUGUGGGCACGUGCAGUUGACUAUGUUUUUGUCUAGACUAGGACUAGAGUUAGAGAUACUAGCACGGCAUGGCAUUGCUGCCAAAAGUUAUAUAAUAAAUAAAAAUAAUGUUAAAUGCUUAGUGUAAUUUUUCAUUUCUUCUGAUAAUGCAUUUAUCAACUUACCAACAAUAUGGUUCAUAAAUCCACAAAAAUGCUAAAUUUUGAUUUCUUGUGUCGAUUUCGAGUCCAUUCAUUAAAAUUAGCGACAAUAGGUUCAUUGAAAAAAUAACAUCAUUUUUUUUAGACCCUAAGCGGAAGUAAAAGUGGAAUGUAGGUAGAAAACAUUCAAUCUCGUUCAAAUUUUAACAUAUUUGACCAAUUAUGGAGUUUAAAAUUCGUUUAUAAAGUACGGAAUAGCUUCGCCAUAAAUUUUUUUGCCAUUUUUUAUUACGGAACCACAGCAUUCCCGCUGUGUUUCUCUUUCUAUCGAUACCAAAUAUGUGUAUAUAGCGCUGUACGAACUACAUGUACCGUAACUAAGGGCUAAAAAGACACACUUUGGCUUCCCCAGUUUUAUUUUCAUGAAAAUGUAAUCUUACCAUACCACUUUUAAAUGCUUAUUUAACAACUUUAAAAUACAUUUAAAAAAAAAAAAUUAACAGAAAAGUAUUUAUAAGAGGUUAAUCUAGCAGAAAACACCGUAAUCUCAGUUUGGAAAAAAAUAACCAGAGUAUCAAUUUUUUCACCCAUGGACCACCUUAAUUAAAGCUUAUACUGAUGUGGUCAGUUAGAGUAGUUAGACUAGUAAAAUAGUAGUAGUUGGCUUUUUGUGUCUUCAUUUCAAAGUGAUAGUAGGAACCUGGCAUUCACUAAAAAAAAGCUAUCCAUUAUUUGCUUGUCAUGUACACAAAUUUAGUUAUUAUGGCAAGGGCAAAGUGUCAUCCAUAAAUCGUAUCUUGCAUCUAGGGGGCAAUGGUGUCAUGGAUAUGGGACAAUGUAUUGUUAAGGUGUCUAAAUUCUGUGGCAAAUUUAUGUUUUUUGUUUUUUUUGGGGGUGGGGGAAGAUAGUUAGUCCAAAUUUGGCUAAAAUAUUUUGAUGACAUUAAUUAAUCAUUUAUUUAUGGAUGUACCCUAUCUUUCGUCUAUAUUUAUAUACACAUACAUUGUUAUGUUAUAAACAAGCUAUUUAAAAAGUUAUUCCAUUUUUGGGAAAACUUUCUGCUCUUACCUCUUAAAAUGUUUUAGUAGGCCUUCUGGGAUCUAAUUAAAGCAGUCAAUAUCUUCCUCAAGAUUAAAUCCAAGGAAGAGUUUUUAAAUUAUAUGGAAAUGCCAGUAUUUAUUGUAAUAAUAGCAUUUUUUUACAAAGACUACGCAAACAAAUAAAAUUUGAAAUUGCAAGGGCUGUGGCUGCGUUAAAUCUUUAACAACUCUGAUCGAAUGAUGGAGGAACAAAGUGUUUUUAAUCAAAGCUUGAUUUAUUCAACUGUCAAUAUAAUACACACUUCGCAGCCCUUACAGAGGUUGCUCAGCCACUUCAAGGCUGAAGUAAAACUAUUACUUAUAAAGUUGUAAUCAGGUUUUCAAUUUGUUUUAAAGUUAUUCCAAUUUUUGUUGUUGAGGAAAAUGUAUUCUCAUGGGAUAUAUUCAUUGUACCACAAAUCUGCAGUUUUUGGGAGAGGAUGAGGGUUCAGUGCUGAUGGAAAUAUCUAAGAUGCACCAUUAUAGAGCGCUGAUAACGAUAACAUACACAUUUUUGUGUGCAUAAUAAUUUUAAUUAAAAAAUGUUACAUUGGAAUGUUUUGGUGUGAAAAAAUGUUGGUAGCCUCCACAAUCAAAAAAAGGUUGGACAGCAUUAAUUUAGAUGAUUCUGAUGUAGCAGACACAUGGCUACUGUCAUAAACUGGGAGUUUGUUAGCAUUGUUCUUCACAUUGUGGUAGAUCACAUCUUAACUUUCUGCGAGAUGUGAUGUGAUGAUCAGACUGAAUGAAAUCUGAAAUUAUAUUGCAUGUCAGAGGAAUUAAAAAAAACACCUUUCAAUAAAUAGAAAAAUUAAUACUAGAGGUGUUAUAAUUUAUAUUAAACAAGUGGUUACUGGAUACUUCAUGUAAGGAUACUUGCAAGUAACUUACGUAGUAGUACUGAUUGAUGCAUUCAAAUUUAUCAAGCAUAUAAAUUAAGUUUUUCAUAGUCAAUAUAGGUUUGUAGACACAGUUGUCUGUCACAGGUACCAUAUAUACUAGCCUAUAAUAGGUCGCACACUUAGUUUGGGUUUGUCAAUUUGGCUAUAUGCGGUUAACCCGCAGAUAGGUUGCACACAUAGUUGGGAGUUAAACAGACCUUUUUUAACAUUAAUGUAAAAAAAAAUAUUUGUUAAAUAGAAAUUUCCAAAAAUGUUUAAAUUACACUUUAAAAAUGAAAAGUAAUUGUUUUUAACUUUUUUACGUUAAAUAAACAUAAAAAAAACAUAUUGCCCUUAGGAUUCAACUAGGGCAAAAAUGAUAAAAUAACUACGACUACAGUUGUAAUAUUAAUUGUCUACGCCACACUGAAUAACAGUGAGGGACAGAGAUAUCAAGCAUAUACAAAUAAAAUAUUAAUUACAAUUUUUGAUUUAGUUAUGGUUUUGCAGAUGUAUUAAAAAAAAAAUUUAAUAGAUAAAUUAAGGUGAGAUGAUUUUAAAAAAAAAAAAGCACUUUCACAAAUGUAUGAUGUAAUUUUAAUAAAAUUUUUGAUCUUGUUUUACUGAUAAAGCUAAUAGCUGAAAUGUCUAAAUGUAUAUUUUGUCCUCUAACUAAAGCAUAAGUAUACUGUUUUAUUUGAAUAAAUUGUUUGUGUCUUGGUGUUAUUGUAUUUAAGGGUGAACAAUUUGAUUUUUCUCAUUUAUUUCCUCAGAAAUAGAGCCAGGAUUGCACAAGUGUUUACAAUGUAGAAAAUCUUAUUUAAUUACAAAAUAUUCUAUGUAAGUAUUUUAAAGGUUGUGAAUGAAACAUUCAGUUAAAACUUUCAAGAUCAGUGAUUAUCAAGCUGAAAUUUCAAAUGUGAAUUGUGAAAUGUUGUUUUACAGUUAGAAGUCUACAUGAAGUUUAUGUUUUCCUGUAUUAAAUUAUAAUAAUUUGUAUUUAAAAUGCUUUGAAUAUAACAAUUAUUCGUCAAUAUAUAUUUUAGUAUAAAAAAAUGUUUUUUAAAAAUAACUGCAUUUUCUUUGACAUAUUUUGUGGUCAGUAAUUUAUGAGAAGCAUAUUUAUUACAUAUCCAUAAUCUUUAAUACAGAUUCAUACUCUCUUUUUAUUGAAACUUGAUAUUGUUUUUUGAUGCAUCCAUAUUUUGUAGAAAAUUUGCAUCUGUUCUGAGAAGUUUGUGAAGGUCUUUCACUCAAGUGAUGAACUGUAGCUGCUAACCAUAUCUUUUAUCACCACAAAAAUGAGACCAAGUGGGAAGCGAGAUGCAGCAGUGGCAGCCAAUGCAGCUAUUAAAGAAAAAGGUACUAUUUGUUUAGUAAAUAGUUAUAUAUCUCUUUAAUAUGGAUUUAGUCAUAAUAAUAAUUGCCAUUGCUAUAACAGAACAACAUAAAAAUUUAUUGAAAUCUCAGCGUAUUCAGUAAACUUAACUCACGUCACAUUCUGCACUUGCCAUUAGACUCACAUAAUUGACUGUCUCAAGGAACUUGACAAGCGUGAAUCAUGAAGGAAUCUUUGUGAUAUUCACAUACCCAACGUGUUUUUGUCAUUGUGCUUCAAGGACUUUGAGCUCUCAUGCCAUUCAAGCAGCAAACUGUUUGUGUACCAUGGUGUAAUUAUUUUUUUCCAAAAUGGUAGCAUUAUUCCCAUUUUGUUCUUUCCUUUCUUUUCUUUUUUUUUCUUUGACAAUAGCAUUAAGAAGACUCAGUGUCUGCUACAUACCUGUAUUGAAAUGGCACAGACCAAACAAGAAGUACUUUGUUUUCUCACUGUAGUUAUAACAAUGAUAUUUAACAUGGCUGAUUCUCGGCUGAAAAUUUCAGGAUUAAGCCUGUCUGUCCCUUUUCAAUGGAUCUGCUUAGUGAGUAUAAUUGGUUCAUAUCAACCAUAAUUUUUGUAUUACACCAGCCGAUCCUGGCUUAGUAGCCAUUCGCAACAUCUUACAAAAUGGUGUGACUGACUGUUUUAAUUAUUACUACUCAUAAAAUAAUAAUGAAAUUUGAUUAGGCAUAGGAAAUUUUAGGCGCAGAUAAAUGAUUUAUAGAUUCAUAGCAGGUAAGAUGUUAAUUUUGGUUGAAAACACUUUACCGCAGUAGAGCAUUGGUCAAAAAGUAAUUAUUUUAUUUGUGGUGCUGUUGAAGUAAGAGAUAUAUAAUAUAGCCUGUCAUUACCACUUGAAAACUGUUUAAAGGUCAUUGCUGUUUGCCAAAAUCUUUGUCAAAUCAUGCCGCCAUUUUGGUGUGCAUGCAACUAUUUAAAAAUAUUUUUGGGAUCAGUAACUUUCUUGUUAUUUUUUUUUUUUUUGCUUUCCUAAUUCUUAAUUUCUUUUUUAGAGGCUAAUUUUUUCAUGUGUUUAAAAAUUUAGUUUUUGUAACUUUUUAUUUACCAAAAUCUUUGUCAAAUCAUGCCGCCAUUUUGGUGUGCAUGCAACUAUUUAAAAAUAUUUUUGGGAUCAGUAACUUUCUUGUUAUUUUUUUUUUUUUUUGCUUUCCUAAUUCUUAAUGUCUUUAUUAGAGGCUAAUUCUUUCAUGUGUUUAAAAAUUUAGUUUUUGUAACUUUUUAUUUCAAACAGAAUUGAGUUUUUGUAUUUAAAAGAACACUAUAUGGUAAAAGUGUGUAUAUUUUGAAGACACUUGUGUAAUAUAUCUUAGGAUUUUUGCAGUUAAAUUUGAUAAAAAUUAAUAACAUACAUUUUUAAUUUAACUAAACAUUUCUUAGAUUGCAUUUCAUCAUGGUCAUCUCUUCUAUCCCCUCUCAAUACACACUACAGUAUUAGUUCCUGCAUCCUUUGUACCAUUUUUUCCACUUUUGUUAAUAUUGUUAAUAAUACUACAUUUAAAAAUGAGACUUAGAAAUUAAUCUUAAUCCAGAAUAUCCAUUAUUAUAACCCUGUCUCAUGGUUGACGCUUUUGCAUGCUUUAAAACCUUAUUAAUUGUUUAUAUAGUUGUAUUAGGGCCUGCUUUCUCCUUUUCUUAGAUAUUAUUCUUUUUCUCACAAGCCCCAAAUAAAGUACAGAAAGAUAUUAAGAAGAAAAUCGCCAGACUUUUUGCACUUUUUAAAAAUCGCUUUUAAAUUGCUCAGCUAAUUAUCUUUUAAGGAUCAUAUGCUAAAAUAUAAACUUCAUUGGUAGGUUUGCAGUGGAUAAAAUACUUUUGGGAUCUUAGAUUUAAAUAUUAAAAUCUUUCCAAGAGACAAUUAGUGGUUAAUGGAAAAUUUGUUUAACUGGUAAUAAUAUAAUUGUACUUAAAGCGUGCCAUAGACUUUUUGUUUUAUUUUUACUGUUUUAUUUUGAAAAACAACCUCCCUUUGUAAAGUUGAAUUUUAAGUUUGAAAAUUAAAAUAUGUGUACAAAUAACUUAAUGCAUAUUUAAAAAAAAUAAAAAGCAUAAUUUGAUUUCUGUAGUUGCUCAAAAUCUAAUUAAAAUUGUAAGAAGAAAUCUGUUUGUGUCUAAACUUUACUGUACUCAGAGUUGACUUUGCUGUAACGUUCUAUUGCCAAUUUUACCUUCAGUUUAAUUUUCAUAUUUUUUUCCCGUUAUAAUAUUAUAUUCACCUACUGGAGUGAAUUGGUGACUAGUUGCAGUUAGUUGCUGUUGCACGCUUAUUUACCUUUUCUUAAAUGAAAUAAACAAAUCAGACAUAAAUCUUAAAUCAAAUCUUCUUUUUAUGUCAAAUUAGAAAAGGACGUUAAUUUUAUUAAAGAGGUUUUACAAAAAUAAGUAUGUAUAAAGCUGAAAGUAAAAAAGAACAAUAUUGAUUUCUUAAAAUCUGAAUUGCAAAUUAUGUUUUUCUUAAAACACUAAAUAUUUGCUUCUCUGUGCAUGAGACUGGGGGUGUGCCUGUUGUUCUGACAAGGUUGAGUGUCCCCCCUUAAACAAAUCAAAUAUUAAACCACUGCAAAAGGUCAUGGAAAUCCCAUGCUGUGUUCCUGGUUGUGAUAUGUAUUUUUAAAAAGUAUAUCUUUUUUUUUGUGUGGAAUAAGUUUGGCUUGCAUGCCUUUAGCAAGUCUUUAUAGGCACAUAUUUUAAUAUCAUUUGUUUGCGAAGCAACAUUUGCAACUCAGCUUCACAAAAGUGCUUCAACAACAAGUCGUUUUUACUUAGGUUUAUUUUAUUAGGCACAACUAAAUACAUGAUCUUUUGCACAAAAAAUGAAUAAAAAAGAAUGAAACAAAAAGAAUCUUUGUGGAUGUUGUUUGGAUUAUUGGCUGAUACUAAAUCAAUAGUAUCUUAAUCUUUACCAUUAGAUGUCCUCAUUUUUUUCUUCAAUUUUAAAUUAUUUCUUUGCUCAUUUCUUUUUUUUUUUUUAUAUGAAAAGUCCCCUUAUUUAACAUACUUUUGGUCCUUGAUUAUCAUUUCCUGUUAAUGGCACUAACAAUUUUUUGGGGUCAUUACUGUUUUUGCAUUUAUCUAUUAGCCUUAGUUAUUAAUAAAGUGAAUAAAUAAUGAGGCAAUAAUAACUUAUUUUAAAAAAUGCAACCUAAAAUAUAUUUUUUGCACAAAUCACUGUAAGAAGAUUGGAUUUACACAGCUUUGCAAAGUUAUAGUUUAGAGCAACAUAGCUAAAUCUAUAUUACUUUUUACAAUUAGAGUAUUGUACAAGCAAUGCUGAAAGAAUUGUAUUUUUUUAUUCUUUUGUAUCUUCUUAAGCAAAUUUAAAAAAGAAAGCAAGUGUUAAAUCAAGCAAUAAAUAAUGUAAAAUAAUGUAAAAUGUCUAAGGAAAUAAUAAUUCAGGUGAGUUACUCUGCACAGUAGGCUGAAGUGGUUUUAUUCAAUGGAGUAAUAUAAUAUAUUGUUUUCUAUAAAUUGAGUAUUUUGUUUUUAGUAAUAAUAAUUAAUGAAAAUAUUUUGUCAAAUACCAGUUUGCAGUUAUAUUUUAGACUUUAAAAAGUAAAUUGUAUUACCUAUCUUGAAUUACUGACUGUUAUUUUUUUAUUUUUUUUUAAUAAAGGAAAUUAAGUUUUAAUCAAGCUAUAUUUUGCAGAGGAGGAAAAACAUUUAUUGCCAUUAGUUUAUAAUUAUAAUCUUAUCUUUAAACGUGUAUCGCAACAUGUGAGCAAUUUGUUAAUUUGUACAUUUCAUAAAUAAAUGAUAAAAUUAGGAUUUAUUGUAAACAAUGUAAAUGUUUGUUGAAUGGAUUUUUCCUCCCCCCCCCCAUUUAAAAAAAAAAUCCAUAUUUUUCUUUACUUGAAAUUUUAGAAUUUGUAGGCAUGAUUUGAUUAUAUAUUUUUUCAUUAACUUUGAUUUAUGACAGAUAUUUAUUUCCUGGUAUAUAAAACAAUUCUUGAUUCAUAUUUUGAUGUUUUCUAUAGGUGGUCCUUGAGGUACCCAGGAGUUGUAGAUUUUUCUACAAUUUUUCUUUUCCAUUCAUUUUAACGCAUCUGCAGUUAUUAGUGUUCUUGCUUUUUAUUUUUUUUUUUGUUGUGUCAUUGGUUGUCCUAACAGUAAUGGCAUCCCCACAUUUUCACAUUUAAACUUAUCAUUCAAAUGUCUGUAUAUUUCUCAACAUAUUUAAAAAAAAAGAUCUUGCAUAACUGCCACUCAACUUUUCAUAAUACACUUCAAUUAUUUAUAUAUAGUGUAAACUUGCACUUUGUUUUGGGUUCUUGUGUUUUUCGGAUUUAAAUUCAUCAGAGAUGUUUAAAAAAAAACAACAAUAUAUUUAUUAUAUUAUUAUGGUAAAUCGUAAAAAUAACUCAUCUUCUGCGUUCAAUAAAUAUUUUACAUGGUUAAAUUGUUACUCAUAUAGUAAAUAUUGUGAAUUAAAAAAAAACAACUUUGUUCGAAUGUUUAUUAGAGAUUUUUCAUUGUAAACAAACUAUAGGAACCCAAAGACAAAAUUGUUUUGCAAGAUUCUAUAGUAAAAAGAUAGUGUAAUCUGUUGAAGCUUUAAAAUAAUUAUAAAAAAAUGAAUAUUUUAUUUUAAUUAAUUUAGUUACCCUCAAUAGAUCAUUAUUUACCUUCUAGUUGAAUAAGGCAAUUUCUUGAAGUCUAAAUACUUUUAAAAACUAAUCAAAGCAAAGUACAACACUUAACGUUGCCCUUGCAAACAACCGAGUACACUGUCCGAUUAUAAAUACUAAGUUGCAAAACUGCCAGGGUAUUUUUCUUCCUGCCUCUAUCCACAAGAUUGCUAUAAUUAUUAUUUAUAAAAAUAAAUAUACUAUAACCUAAUGUGUUGGCUGCACUCCUGUUUGAAAAACUUGGGUAUUAAUGUUGUCCCCAUAACCAAAAUGGUAUUGGAAGACUCUUAUGUAUUUAAGUUUUAUUUUAUUUCUUUGUUAUUUUCCUGAUUAAGUCUCUACAUGGUUACAAGAAUGUCAUUUUCUGUUUCAAAAGUUUUACUAAAAAUUCAGUUCCUCUUUUGUGGGCAAAAAAUGUUUCCUGUCGUGAAUGCUGCUAACUUAAAAAAAAAAUAAAAAAAAAAAAAAUGAAAUUGAAAUCUCACAUUUGUAAACGUUGAUUCAAAUCAGAUCAGUGUAAUUUUAACUUUUAAAAUUUUGAUAAAUAUUAGCUUAUUUAAAAUAAAUCACCCCCAUGAUGAUUUUCUAAUCUAACAUAAAGACCAAAAAUAUACUUAAAAAUUGAUGUUUUUUAAAUAAAUUUUUUUAACAAAGCAAUGUUGCAUUUUACUUAUAUUUUCUGUAAAAUGCCGUAUUAAAUACACAUUUUUUGUGCAUAAAAUAUGCCAUUUAAAAAGAUUAAUGCUUUGGCUUUGUAAGAUUAAAUAAAGAAUAUUUUCUGUUAGGCUGAACUUCGGUUAUUGUAUAAAUCUUACCUCGAUUCUAACUGUUAGUCUGAACUCGGUUAUUUUAUAAAUCUUACCUCGAUUCUAACUUUUUGCUAACAGUUCCCCAUGCUUCUUUUUAGUGUAGUUGGUGAGAUGGUAGUUUGCUGUGUUGGUAUCUGGAGUUUAUGUAGUCACGGAGCGUCUGCUGUUAAAUUUCCUAAGUUGUGAGAUCUCAAUGUUUCUAUAUUCUCUCGGAGUUUAUUAUAAGUUUUUUUGGUUUCAUUUCCAUGCUUAUCCAAAUCACUCAUUGUAGAAACAAAAUGCAGCUUUCAGAAACUGUAAUUUUUCUUUGUCUUUCCGCACAUUUUUAAUUUCAAUCUGCCACAUAGUUGCUGAACUUUUUUUUUUUGAAAUGGGGACAGUCUUUUCCUAUUUCUAAAUCUGAUUGCUGGCUCUCUGUAAGCAACUCAGUGCAUGGUAGCAUUUCAAGAAUUUGUAACCUAUAACCAGCUUUGUUAGUGGCAGGUCUUGUACUAAUGAUGUAAAUGCGUUGUCUUUUUUAUGUUUUCUUCUGUUGUGUAUUACUUGUUGGAACCGUUUAACCUGGGAAAUAACAUUUACAUUAUUAAGUUUUUUUUUUUUUUAAAUUCACAUUUUUAGCUUACACUGUUGUAAUUUCCAUAGUGACCUGUAUUUACAUUAAAAAGUUAUCAAGUUAUAACCAAAACAAUAUAUUAAGAAUGCAACAUAAUGGCAUAAAAUUUAGCUUACUGGUUCUGUUAUAUAAAUCUAGGUAUGAUUUUGAAAUCUUUUAACAUUUAAUAUUAGUUAAAAGUAAUAAGAAACGCAAAAGAGACUGAAAUAUAUUUAAAUUUUUUUUUUCACAAUAAUGUUCUGCAGAAAAUUUUGAAAGAAAGUAAGUCUUACAAGGAACCAAAUUUUGUAAUUAAGUGCACACUUCAAGUUAUCACAUACACAUAUUUUUUGGUGCUUUAUAAAGUGCUAAUUUGCAGGAUGAUUUCAACACUGUUAAAACAUAAGGUGAAUAUACAUUAGCUUACUACACUUUAUGUAACAACUUGAAAGCAUGAUGUGUGAUCUUUCACAAUUUGCCUGAGUAACUUAUACAUUUUUUUAUGCCUUGAAUACAUCUUCAGAAGGUGGUAGGGCUUUAAAAAAAAAAAAAAAAAAAAAAGGCCUUGCUAUUAUUAAUAUUUUUAAAGAUAAUUAAAAUAAAACAUAGGUAACAAAAUUCAAAUUUUUAAAUGCUGAUAUGAAAUAAAUUCAAAUAAAACCAUAAUAUAAUUUUUUUUAAGGAAAAAAAAAUGAAUUAUUGGUAUUAAUUAGAAGGCUAAUUUUGUAAUACCAAUUACUAAUAUUUAAAUUAUUGGCAGUAGUAUAAUCUUAGUCACUUUCCUUUCAAUAAAUAUAAUUGUGGGCACCUUCAUUAGUUAAACUUCAAGUAUAUUAUUUCUGUUAUGGAAUACAAAAUUAUGCAAUGAAUUUUAUCAAAAUAAUUAUGUAUUUAUGUUUUAUAAAAAAAAAAAGCCUCAUCAAUUUUUUUAAAGGAGUUGAAUUAAUACAUAUCAACCAUUAAAUAAUAAAGUGAAUUUUUUUUCUGUUUUGGGCCUGCUAUGUGCUAAUAUAAAUUAUUGUAGCCUAGUGUUGUCUCUAACAUUGUCAAAUAGAGUUGGGGAGCUAUAACAAUAGUUAUGUCAAUGUGAAUUUUGCUGACUUAAAGUUCACUUAUCCAUUCAUUUAUUUCACAAUCAUUUUAGCAGAAAAAAAUCCUAUGCUAAAUGCAAUAUUUCAUAUUUACACUUCUCAUUUGUCUGAUAUAAUUAGAUUUCUAAAAAUCUGUCCCACUUCACUUAUAAAAUUUAGUUUCUAUAUUUUGGCAGAAAUUAAAUACAAUGUUUUCACAUCACUUUCCAAAAUAGAUUUUGUUUUUAUGUGUUCAUAGUUGACCAUAACAUAUUUGUUAAAGAUUUUAGAAAGGUUAUAAUUAACAGAUUUGAUACUAAGCUUUAUGUGCAAAAGAUAAACAGAUAAGAAUCUUUGAGAAUCAUUAUUUCGGUUAUGGUUUUUCUUGGGAUAGAUUUGUCUUUUUGCAUUAAAAAAGAUUAAUGGGACACAGUUGCUUUUUGCACCCUGUCAUUUAACAAUGUUUUGCAUGCUAAUUGCAAAUCGGCACUCUUUAAAAGCCAAAUUUUAACUGGAGAGCUGGAUAUUGUUACAUGUGGCUAAGUUAUAAAAUGUCUGUAUUGUAUCUGUCAUUCUUGCCAUUCCACACACUCAUCUUGCUCUUCACUUACAGUCUAUGUUGUAUUCAUGGAAUGGUCCAAAAACAAUGCACACAUUUUAAUUGCCCACAAGCCAUUUCUGUUGUGGCCUUUUUGAGGGGCAGUUGUGAUUGUUUGGGCCCAAUAAAUAUCGAUGACUGCUUUGCUUCAAAUUAAUGUCAGUGUUUCCAAACCCUUUCAUAAUGUCGAACCCAAUUUGAAAUAUUUAUUUGGCUCCUUAUCCUUUACUUUAAACUGUCAACCUAGUUUAUUUUUAAAACCUGGAGUAUAUACUUUUUUACUUGAUGCCGUGAAUAACCCCAAAAAUAUUGGUGGAUUAAUAAUAAGACACCUUUAGUUUUAAUGAAACUAGAUAAAAUAUUUGCAAGAAAUGUUGAGAUAGCAUAUCCAUUCCACAAAUAAAGACUUCACAUUUCCCCACUUCUCUCAUGUUUGAUAGCAGAGACUAUACAUAGUGCCUAAAUUUAUAAAUAUAUUUAAAUAUUAUUAGUUGCUCGUAGUUUACAUAGAUGUGUGCGUUUCAUAGUUUGAGUUUGUUGUAUCAAAAUAUACACUGUUUAUUUACUUUCUUUUGUGCAUGUUGCCUAUCAUAAAAGGAAAAAAAAAAGCAGAAAAACUGAUUGCAAUUUAUUUUCUCCCCUGUAUUCAUAUCUGGAAUAUUUUCUUACUAACCAACACUAUUCUCGUGUUGUAAUGGUAAAUCAACACUGCAAGUCAAAUGCCUUUUGUUCAAACGAUCACUUUAAUUUCUCAUCCACAAUAAGAUUAGAUGAACCCAUAAUAAAGAUAAUUAAAGUCUGGAUGGCCAGGUGGUGCAGUUAUUUUUUCAUUAAACCCCCAUCUCUUUGUGUCUCAGAAAUAUUGCUUAGUGCUAGAUAAAUAAAUAAAUUUUAAUAAAUUUCUCAAAAUUCUAUAAUGCAGACAAUAGUAGGAUGAAAUAUGACUUUCAUAAAUUCAUUGUCCAAAAACAUAAUUAUCUCUCAUUUUAUUGUUGUUUCGGCCGAAAGGAGGCAUCAUAAUCUUAUAUCAAAGAUUUCUUUUAAAACCGGUUUAAUUUGGUUGUAUAUCAAGUUUUGCAUCGCUUUGUUAUGUUAGUUAUUCAAACAAAUAGAAUAAUCUUAUUUCCAAUAAGUUUUCAAGACUGAUUUAGUUUUUGUAUCACAAAAAAUGUAACUGACUUCAUUUGAAUUUAUCCUGAAUUAGAUUUUGACAUAUUUUCUUAGUACUCUUAUAAGGAUAUAAUUUAUUUAAGAUAAUUUAGUAUGCACAUCCCUUGUAAUUGAAAUAACUAAAUAGAAAUCAUAGAGGUCUCAUGACACUAUUACUUGAAAAUUUGUCAUAUCACCUGCAUGUUUGUACUUUGUUUUCUCCUGGCAGCUCUACAUAAUCAUUUUAAUCAGCUGUAUGUCAUGAUCAUUUAACAAAAUAUCAAAGCAUUUUUAUGGUGAGAUAAGUUCUGCUUUUUAAGUGUCCAUAUUUCAAAUGCCAGAAACAUUGCAGCUAAAGAAAUCAUUAAAAAAUAAAUCUGUUAUUUUUUUAAGCGAUUGCCAUUCCUACUGAUGCCAUGGUCAUAGAAGCUGUUUGAAAACGUUCUACCCAGAAAAUCAUAUUUCUAUAAUUUUAUUCUUUAAUAAUUAAAAAUCUAAUUGUUAUUAAAUUUUGGAUGAAGUUUUCAGUGUGGCAGUCAUUAACAGCCUGCACACUUUUUCUCCAUUUGUAACAUCCUUGUAAGUCAACUCUUGAGACAGUUUCUCCCAUUUACUUGAAGUGCAGUUAUCCAAAUCCUAUAAGUUGCAGAUGCUCUAUCCCAGGUCAACUUUUAUCUUCCAUGGCUAAGCAAAAAACUAAUUAAAAAAACAGUGGGGUUUAUCUUGCAGAAGACAGCAGGUUGUUAUUGCCCCCUAUGUUGGUCACAUUGAGAUGGUCCUUGAAAAUUUAAGACUGGUUAAUGAUAGAUCAUUAUUGCAUAAAAUUGUUGAAACAAGCUGUAUAGUUAAUUUAAUCAUUAUUUAUUAGUAUGUUCAAACAGCUGCUUCUGAUCAUUGUGUAAGCCUGAUACUAAUAGAAAGAUCGUAAAAUGAAUUGUUUGUGAGAUAAAGUCUUUAUUGUUUAAAACAAAAAAAGAAUUUUGAUCAGCCACAUGGUUAAUAAUAAGGGAUGUUCUUCACUCUUAAAGUCUCUAUCAAGUAAUAGUCAUAGUUUCUUUUAUUUCAGUAUGUUUGUCCUUAUGAUAAAAAACCUGCUUGCCUAAAGUUUAUUCAAGUCAUAACACUUCUUUUUAAUGAGCUUCAAUUUUAUCAUUAGAAAAGAUGUCAUUAGCUCAACUUUGAACUUACGUUUUUCUUGCUAGCCUGAUUAUACCAAUAUGGUGUGGGUUUUUCCCCCACCCUCCUUUAAAACAAGCACUAGUUUCCCUGCACACAAUUGUUAUUGUAGCUUGCUUUAUCAGUUUUUUUUUUUUUUUUGUUUUAAAAUUUCGCUUUUUAAAAAAUAAAUUGUUGGACCACCCGCCCUUUCUUUUAUGGCAGUGUUUUUAAUUUUUUUGUUGGCUUAAAAACCUUUUUUUUUUAAAUUUUAUUUUUUUAUUUUUGUAGUUUGCUUUAUCAGUUUUUUUUUUUUUUGUUGUUUAAAAAUUCAGCUAUUAAAAAAAUAAUCUGUUGCACCACCAGCCAUUCAUUUAAUGACAGUGUCUUUAAUUUCUCUGUAGGCUGAAAAGCCUUUUUUUUUUAAAUUAUAGUAUUUGCAUCACUAUACCUUUCAAGUAUUUAAUUCACUAGGACCUUCUUCUGAGUCUUCAAGUAAUAACUGAAAGUUACUAACUUGUAGCUAAAUAACAUGCCAUUAUACAUUCAAUACUGCUGUAAACACUCAGAUACUCUUGAAUCAUAAAGAGGUGCAAAUAUUUCUGGUUCCACAGCUUUGGUCUGUAAUGUUAGCUUAUAUUAAUUCAUCUAUUAUCAAUAUUAUUUUAUAUUUUUGGGCAAAAUAUAAACACAAGCAGAUAGUAGAUACUUCUGAUGCAAAUAAUAUCAUGUAUGUGCAUGUCUUUGCAUUAUGAUGGUGAUGUCUUAUAAUACUUAUUUUUAAGAAAACAAAAUGGAGUAUAGUACUGGUGCCAUACAACCAUUUACAUUACAACAUUUAAUAUACAAAAAAAAAAUUUAAAAAAAAAAAAAGUUAUUUUACCUUUUUCUGCCACUGCCUUACAUUCUACUUAAUUUAAAAUGACCAAUUUGUUUUUGAGGUGAAUUUGAUGAUAACAGUGAACAUAUCAUGUCGUAUGUUUAUGUAUAUUGUUGAAAGAUAAACUUCUACAGUAUAUUAAAAAUGCCUUGACAAGACUUAAAAUUUUGUUCCUGGAAAGUUGGAUUCAUCUACUUCAGGUACAGUUAUGAAGCCUUGAAUACCAGCUAUUGCAGGGAUUUGAGGCCUCAUGUCAGAGCUUGUGAGCUCAAGUUAAUAACUAGCAAUAACAACUCUAUUAACUAAUGUCUUCAUUCCACCUUCCAACAGGAAAAGCUGGCAACCAGGGAAGUCAGAAGAAAGAAUCCUCUGCAGCCAAAGGCACACAAAGUGGAGGUGAUGCAUCUUCUAUUCUGGUAAGUACUAAAAUGUUUUUCUUUUUUCAUUUCACAAUUUAAAAAGAAAAAAUUUACUUGCAAUAUAAUCAGACAAUGUAUCCCACAAUUAACCCUUCACGGGGCAGACGUUCUUCCUCUUGCUAGUUCUGAAUGGGCAACAUUUUUCCGGUUUUUAGUAGGAUUUAGGGUUACGUUACUAAAAACAUCAAAUCUAAGGUGUUAGUAAACAAAUUUUUGUGAAAUAAAAAGCAAAACAAAUUUUUGUGAAAUAAAAAGCAAAAUAAAGGAAAUUGAAUGCAGAUUUUUUAUUUUACUCACAUGUUGCCAUUAAUCCUCAUAUGAACACAAAUAUUUGCAAAAAACAACAUAUUGUUUGUGAUUGUGAGUCAUCUAUUUACUAUUUACAAACACUGCCACGAAAUUGAAGUGUGUACUAUUCAACACUGCCUACUACGCUAAUUUCACUAAUACUACUAACAAUAUUAAUAUCUAGUUCCAAUUUACAGUCAAUUCGUGCACUUCAAUGUCACUUAAAUUGAAUCCAGUGAAAUCUCCACUAUCACUUGAAUAAUUGGCAAAAUCCAUUUUGAAAAGAAAAAAACAUUAAAACCCUGAUAACUACCCAAAAAAUUGAUUAAAUACUUGUAACUGGUGCCCAUUCUAUCCAGCUAUUGGAAAAACCGGAUAUAAACAAUCUGAAGUCUCGCAAAGACUUGGAGAUUGUAUGUUUACAACUCUUAGUUGGUCACGGGCGCUUUUGGGCGUUUGGCCCUUUAAGAAGUAAAGACUUUUUUGGCCGCUCUGCCCUGUAAAGGGUUAAUUAAUAAAAGCAGACCUGUUUACCCCCAAACUCUUAAAAUCGUACAAUAUCAUCACAAAAUUGUUCAAUAUAUUAUCUUAAUUGUAAAAAAAAUAAACAUGCGUAUAUAUAAUCUAUACACCUCAAAAUCGUACAGUGUACGCCAAAAUCGUAAGAGUAAACAGGUCUGUAAAAGUCAUAAGAGCUUGAAUCUGCAACCAUGAUAUUGCUCUGGGGAUGUGAACAUUAAUUGAGUUAUUUACUACAGGACACUGCUCACAGCAGCCCAUCAAGACGAGAUUCUUCAAGCUCUUCCAGUACAACGUCAAGCCCACUGGAUAAAGGGAAUAACAUGAGCCCAGUUAAGGUAUCAAUGAGUGCAACAACCCUCCCUAGUGAACUGUCAUCAGUGACCUCAGCUUAUUCAGCAACUUCAGUAGCUAAAGAGGCACUUUUGAAAGCUAAAGCCCACCAUGCCAAAUCUACUACAGUGAAGGUUUGUGGAAAAUCACAAAGUUUGAGUAGGAAAAAAUGGAGUUCUUUAAUUUUGAAAUGUUACAAUGUUAGAUAGGAAAUAUCACCCCUAGGAUUUUUAAUGGAGCUUCAUGGUCAUUUGGUUUUUGGUAUUUCCUAUAAAUGAUGGAUGCUUUGAGUAACAUAAUUUGCUUCUCGUUAAAGGCUUGAAAUAUGUGGCUUAAUUUAUAUUUAAAAAAUAAGAUUCUCAUAAUUUUCAAACCUGAUGUGCUUUGUUCUUAUUUUUCCUGAUAAUUAAAGUUAACUGUAAGCUCCAAAUACUAUUGUUAACUCUUGUUCACCAGAUGCCUGCAAAAACUGAGCCUAAGAUAACCAUCAAGGCACCCACCACAACUGUGAAGACUCUCACUCGUUCAACUACUAGGUCAUUAGCUGCAAAACUCAGUUCUGUUUCAAAGACUACAGAUUCCAUUGCUACUAUAGACACAACAGCACUUUCUGAGGUAUAGAGCAAUAGAAAAUUGUUGGGGCAAAUUUUUUUUAGACUUAAAAAAAAAAAUUUAUAUAUAUAUAUAUUAAUGUAUAUUUCUCAGUGUUCAAUAAUUGUAGAACCCUUUUUUAAUGCCAAUGACAGUGACAUAUGGGCUGGUUGCUUCUUUGACACAUAGAUGACACCAGCCAUUUGUUUGCAAUAUUUUUCAUAAUGAUGAUAAGCGAUUCAUAUCCCCUAAUGCAGGUGCAAGGAGCAAUCAGGAUGCCUCUCGUUUCUUUACCUCAUCAUAAUAAUAAUAAUUAUUUCCACUUACUCUCCAUUGAAAAAAUGAAAAAAGUUAUGAUUAAUUUUAAAAUAAUGAUAAUAAAUAAUUAUAAUAAGUCACAAAUGGUUAUUAUUCAAAGCACAAUAAAAUUAAAUAAUAAAUAGUGCAGUCAGCAUCAGCAUAUCUAGUAAGCUCAAUUAAUCAAUUGGCUUUUUGCUUAAUAGUGUAACCCUGUUAAAAAAUAUAAUCUUCAUGAAUUGUUAAGUGUUUUAUAUUAAAAAGUAAUUAGAUAAAAUGUCAUUUUUUACUAAAAAUGUGCAUAAAUAAUUAUUUUAGUGCAUAUUUUCGUUAUUUGAAUAGAAUCUUGAUCAAGCUCCGCAAAGCAAGGAAACUAAAAAGGAACUCCCAGUCUCACCAAAUCUAAUGCCCCAGACAUCGGAUGCCAGUCCUAGUCCUGAAGUAUCUCAGUUAGAGGCUAAAACAUUGCCCAUUUCCGAUGACUUGGCUGUGAUUCCUCUCCCAGAUAAGGUUGGUUAAAAAAAGAAAAACUUGAACAUGCAACAAUAUUUAAUAUUAUCAUGCAAAAUUCUAGAAUAAAAAAAACCUGAUAGAGUAUAAAAUUAAAAUAAAUGAACAUCUUUAAACUCUGAUCUAUCAACAGCUGGACAUGUCUGAAAUAAAAAUCCCCCCUCCAAUUAAAACUGAAGAUGUUCCUUUACCACCUGGUAGUCCAAAACUUCAAGUAACUGACAGUUUGACAGAGGAUACUGUAAGUUAAUUUUGAAUUCAUAAAACUGAGAAUUAAUUUUAAUGUUCUUAAUUUGUCCUCCCAAGUUUCAGUAAUUUUAUAAAACCAUUAAAAUAUGCAACACAUUAAACUAACAAUUUUGCAUAGGUAUGUUAAAUACAGGGCCAUCAUAAAUACUUAUUUUCUACUAUAUUAUCCAUAAUACAUCACAAUACAUGAUGAAAUUUUCAAAAUAAGGCCAUUAUUACCCCAUAUGGUUUAUAAUUUAUUUUGCAUGUCUAUUCUUCAUACAUGAUUCAUCAAAAUAUAGUACAGAUAACCUUUAUGAGUAAACUGUACAAUAACUAAGUUUAAACACUUCCAUCUGCAAUGCUUCAUCAACAUGUAAUCAAUUACUAUAAACAAACAUGUCUAAACUAAUAUUGUCUUUUUAACAGUAACAAGUAAAAUAAAUAAUAAGCUCUAACAUAAUAAAUAAGUUCCUUUAGUUUGGAACAUCUUUUCAAUUAAAUUGCUCAUAUGAUUUGUUCAAAGUAAGUAAUUAAUGGUUGUUUUCAUUUUUUUUAUUUUUUCAAAAAUGUAUAAUUAAUGUUCCCUCUCCCUAAAAAUUUAGGGUGAUUACCACUUUAGCAUCGGUUAUACAAAAAAAAUCAUAUUUUGUAGUGCUAUUUAAAUGGUUAUUGUUCAUUGAUAAGUUAAAAUUCUUUUAUUCAUCCAAAAAAAUGGAAAUAUUCUUUGUUACAUUUUACAUAUUCAUGUCAACACAUAAAAAAUAUACAAUUUUUAAAAUAGAAAAAUUCAAACAAUUUAAUGUAUGAAAAGAAAACCAGAGUUUGAGCUUAUAUCAGCUUCAAACAAACAAAUGCGGGACACGAACUCAUGCAAAUAUGAAGGGAAAGGGAAAGAUUGAGGUGAGCCUUGUGCCUAAUUGUCAAUCCAGUUUACGCUUUGCAUGCAUCCACAUAUUUUCAACAGUCAGUGUAUAGACACCAUAGACACCAGCGUCAUUUUGGAUUAAUAAUUUUUUUUGACGAACAACAACAGAGUUGGAGUAUUCAUAGAUUCCGUGUUUGUUUUGGUUUAAGCAGCCCAUCUGUCUGAUACAAUAAGUGAGCGUGGAAGGAUAUAUCUCUCUAUGCACUCCUGUAGUCUGAUCGCACAUUGGUCUGGCACUUUAAUGAGAAACAGAGCCUAGAACAAUUGUUUAAAUAGCACUUAAGAUAAGAUUCUUUUAUUGAUCCAAAUAAAUGGAAAGUUUUUUUUAUUGCAUUGUAAUAUACAUUUCAGCAAACAAAUAAAACAAUUUGAACACAAGACAUCUACAUUAAAUUAUUUCACUAGAGAAAAACACAGCCAUUCAGUGAAUUCUCUUAGUCAUAUCGGGACUUAUUAGUUCUCAUUUAGAUUUGUGACUUCUGGGGGAGCAGGCUGGUAAAUUCGUACAGAUUGGGGAGCAAAAGAAUUUUUAUAUCUUUCAGUCUUUGUUAUGAGAGAAAAAAUUCAUCCCGAACGGGCAGAUCCUAAGUAUCUGUGAUGAAGAGGGUGGGACGUAUCAUCCAAAAUUUGUUUAGUUUUACAAUAACAUCUUUCUUGAAAUAGUUCUUCAAGUGAAAGAUGUUUAAUUUGCAUUAUAUUCCUAGCUUUCUGGAGUAGUCAGUUUAUUCUGUGUUUAAUAUGAGACGAUGAAUUCCAACACCAGCAGGUAAUACUGAAAUUAAGUAGGCUUCCAAUUGUUGCAUUAUAGAAUAAGUUAACGAAAUUGUACAGUUUUUUAAGGUAGAAAAGUCUUUGGUUGAAUUUUUUAUACAGCAUUUGGCCCUGCUCAUGCCAUGUUAGCUUAUUAUUAAUGGUACUUAUUUGCCUCUACUUUCUAUACACUUUGAUUUUUUAUGUUGAGAUCUGCUAUCUGGUGUUUCCCCCUCCGGAAAUCAACAACCCUUUCCUUUGUUUUUGAGACAUUCUCAGACCUGUUUACUCUUACGAUUUUGGCGUACAAUGUACGAUUUUGAGAUGUCUUUUACGAUUGUACGCCGAGACCCGCCAAAACUACGAUUUUCAGAGAGCCGGUGAAAAAAAAAAUAUUUUCCGAUUAAAAUUCGUUUGUUGAAGUUUUAGCCUUUUCCAAUAAAAAUCUACUGGUGAAUGGAACGAGAAAAACGAUUGGUUGUAAUUUUUUUAAAAUUUGGGACCAUCCUUCAUUGUAUUAUGUGCACACUGAGAGGGGAGGUGGGGGCUGUUAAUGAAGGAGAUUUGCGGCAUACGGGACGCAUGGGUGGGGGGUUGGUCGGAGUGCCAAAGGUUAUAAAAAUAUCACCGCAAAGUAUCGUAUUGAUGGCGAUGAUUGUCAUAGUGUUGCUUUGUGUGUCACACUGACCUAGUUAGCUGCGUCACCGGUAAUAUUUAUACUAUUCACUGCCAUCCCCUUUGACUGCUACACAGCGUGUGACGUAGUUUUGUUCCCUUGAACCGCGGCGAUUGUGAAAAUGGGGAAAACUAGAGACGAUAUGGUUUUAAAAUAAAAUACAUGAUCCCACUGUUACUGCACUGGAACGUUGGAUGUGGACGUAUUUUAUCAGAGCUAGUCAGCGGCAUUUAAAAAAAUAUUGGUAGAACUGGCAAAGCAGCUCUUUACCCUCAGCGAUCGUAAUACCACAGUUUGGUAUCACUACUAAUACUGCCCCCCACCACCACCCCUUUUUAAACGGAAAAAAAAAUCAAACGACGGCUCAAUUUUUUCCCCAGUAAUGAGGGGGGGGGGAGGGGGGGGGUUCUGCCCGGUGGAAAUAAUUACGUCACUAGCACGGAAAGACGAAUAACUGCACUACAGUGUGUUAUCUCUAUGUCAUGUUCAAUGUUACAACUACAGGGAUCUCUUUAUGAAAACACAAAGCAUUAGUAGCGUAUAUGAGUAGGCCUAUAUGAAUAUGCUUACUGCGAAAUAUUGUAGUAUUUCUUAUAACUUUAAUAAUAAUAAUAAUAAAAGGCCUUAUUAGAAUUCACGGAUUUCACAGAUUUUCAGAUGACAGUUGGCUCUAUAAGAGACUGUCGGGAUAAUUAUUGUAUGCUUAAAUGUAGGUGCACUCUAUUGACCCCUCAUCAAAUCUGUCAUAGCAUCCUCAGUGCGUAUAUAAACGUAAUAGUUAGAUGGUCCUUUGUUUUACGUUGACAAGUGGGAAGCCAGGGCGGUUGGAGGAUCCUUUGUGAGGGAAAUGUUGUAUGGCUCAGCUCAACAGAUGGAGUUGAUAGCCAAUUUACUAGCCGGGGUCACAAGAGAGUAAUCUCAGACCCUCGCCAGAAUAUGUGUGUUAGUUAGUAGCAAUCAGAGGCAAAAUGAGUGGUGUGGAUUUAGGAGAUAGUGUGUAUGGUGCGGGUCUAAAUGUUUAAAUCUAUACAAACAACUCCGUCACAUACAUUUUCGUAAUGUCAGGGAGGGGGGGGGGGAUAUUCCUCGGCAGAAAGUAAAUGCGGUAUUUAAAAAUACUACACUAUUCAUCCCGAAACUCUGAAAGUCUUAAAAUAGCACAUUUAGAUCUCGAAUGCUGUAAAAUACCAGACAAUGUUUGCAUGAAUUACCGUCGUGAUGUUGUCAAGAUGUAUUUUCAAAAAUGAUCUCGCUGGCUAUUCCUAAACUCAGUAGUAGAGAAAUUACAGUAAUCUUUAGUCCACCGAAUGGUAAGGCCACGUGCUACAUAUAAUUCGGUGGGCUACGCCAGUGGUUCUAAAAUUUUCGUUUCCCUGCGCCUUUGCCACACUACGUUUUCACCAGGCUCCCUGUGUCGAAUUCUAACAUGUACAAUUCGAAAUAGCGAAUACACAAAUAAAAUAAGGGUUGGAUAAAAAUAAAUAUAACGUGUAUAUUAAAAGUGAAAAUAAAAUAAUGAAUUUUUAAAAAUAUUUCGCAACGCCCCGAUGAGGAAGCCGCAGUCACCCCCUUGCCCGAGGGCAACGAGCACCCAGGGCGAUGUGGCGUUUAUUCUGGGAACCACUGGGCUGGCCGAAUCACCAGUGGUAAAAACCCGUGUCACAUUUUGUUGACUGUAACAUCAUAAUAUACAAUGGAUUUUGUUAAGUUUAUGGGGGAGGGGGGGGCUGGGCUGGUGUUUUAAAGCUCACUGUACCAUACACACAAAAAGGGGUGGGGGGGGGGUCCCAAUUCGUUACCGGGUAAUUAAUUCUUAUUUUAAUACAUUUUAUUUUAUGCCCACCUGACGUCAAGUUUGAACAACGUUAAAUUUCACCGGUGACUUUAUUUUUACCUGUGACAGACUGGGAUAAUGUGAUCAGCAUGUUAACCCAAAUAUUAAUUAAUAUAUUGUACUAGCCGAUACACGUCUGCAAAACAAAGUGGCCGCCGUUUGCGGUUAACGUCAGUCAUCUACCGUUAACCUUCAGUUCUAUAUUUUGACGCCAGCUUAACUCGAUUCCACUGAACAUGCAAUAGGAGUAUUUAUUGUAUACAUUAUAUAUACUGUAUUUUUAUUUAUUUACUAUCAAAAUACUGCAUUGUACGAUUAUGACACGAUAUUGUACGAUUGUACGAUUUUAGGAGUUUGGGGGUAAACAGGUCUGCAUUCUGCUGGAAAAAAAUUUCAUUGUACCAAUAGAUAAAGCUUGUAACUAAGCCUUCUCCCUCAGAUAUUAAACCAACGAUAAUGGUAUCAUCAGCAAAUUUUAUGAUUCGAGUGGUGUCGCUUGAGCUCUGAAUAUUAUUGGUAUAUAUUGUAUACAGGGACAGGAGAGAGAACGCAACCUUGUGGCGCCCCUGUGCUUUUUUCUCUGGUUAGAGAUAAUUGGUCAUUUACCUUGACAUAUUGUGGGCGAGUUGUUAAAAAAUUCAGUAUCCAAGCUUGAAUAUUGAAUUUACACAUAACGAGGAACAUUUUUUAAUCAUAAGGUGUGGUUGGAUAGUGUUAAAUUUAAAUGCGGAUAAGUUUAAGAAAAGCACAAACUGGAAAAAGAUUUUUUUAUAACCCAAGCUGAAGUGGUAGAUUACCAAAUUUAGCAUUUACCAAAUUUAGCAUUCCUUGUUAAUAGGCAGUUGAGACAUUAUGCCUGUUAAAAUAGUGAUCUAUUCAUUUCCUAAAAGGUAAUCAAAUACUUUGUCAAUAAAAUAUUUAAUUGAAUAUGGACUUGAGAAACCUGUUUCUGGGAUUGAAUUAUUUGAACAAGUUGACAUGAAGCCUUUAUAUCCUAUAUACAUUUAAUUGAGUGUUUAAAUAAGAAUUUCAUUUGCCUUUUGAAUUCUGUUAGUUAUAAAAAUUAAAUUUAUCAAUUUUAACAAAUUCAAUAUAUUGUAUUCACAGAGCAUUGUUGAAGAUUUAAAUGGUAUCUUGCUUCCUUAUGACCCACCACCAGAAAAAAGGUCUGUUAUAAUGAAGGCUGUAUCUUAAAAUAUUUUUAUAGCUGUUCUUAGAUAAUACAAAAUUCGUAACAUUUUUUUAGAUGUUGUGAUAAGUCUUUAAAAAUAUUUUACAGUUCAAAAGAUACCCCAGAACUUGGUAAGGGCAGUGUGUGUUUUUCAUUUAGCAAGACCACAAGUAAAAUCGCUACGACAUCAUCAGCUUUCAAUCAGGAAGAACCUGAUGUUGAAGAGUUACCUCCACCUAGGCCUUUAACAUUGGUGGACAGCAUUGAGGAAGAGAAGGAAUUACAGAGGUAUGCUGAUCAAAAUCGGUUUUUAUGAAAAGGUUGGACUAGUGGUACCACCUUUUAAAAAAGAAAAAUUUUAUAUUCGAAAAAUGACAAUUUGAUGACACAUAAAUUAAUGAUAAGGAAGGAAAUAUUAAAUUAAGCAUUUACACAGUUUCAUUAAUAAUGUUUUUUUCGUUUUAUUUAUGAUAUGAUAUGAUACAUUUGACAUGUGUAAAGAGUUAAUUUGUGUCCAGUAAACUAUUAAUCUCUACAUUUAUUUACAUGAAAUUCCUUGCAGGCCAGGGGAAGAAGUGGCAUUAGAAGAAGUGCUAACAUCACCUAGUGCUUCUACUGGCACAACAAACCCACGUUUACUGGAAAGCUUUGUCAAAGUCAAGCUAGUCAAAGAACCACAUGAUGAGAUUGAUUGGCCUGUUGAGACCAUCAAGUAUACCAAGACCAGCCCAUCACUGCACUUUAGUUGCAAUCCUCUCCAGUUCAACUUUAAGGAUAUUUAUAAACAAACAGAUGUGCUUAGUCCAAAAGCAUCAGAACCGCAACCAGAGGCUGAAACACUUGAUGUCCCAAAAGAAGAUGUUGUAGGGGAGGAUGGAAAGCCCAAAGCUAGUGAUAAUCCUGAGAAAUCCCAUAAGUCAAGACGUAAACACUCAAGAAAGAAACACAAGAGAAAGAAAAGUAGCAAACCUAAAGAUGAGGAACCAAAACCUGAAGAUGAUACUAAAAAGGUAGAAGGUGAAGAAAAAUUGCCUGAGGGGGAAGAGAAGCCAAAAGAGAAAAAGAAGAAGAAAAAGAAGAGAAAGCGCAGGCAUAAAAGUAAGAAAGGGGAAAAUAAUGAAGUUGAGGAGAAAGAAGGAGUGGAAGAAGGGGAUGGUAAGGUCAAAAAGAAGUCUAAACGCAAGAGAAGUCAUAAAGAAAAGGAUGGAGAUGGAGUUCAAGCUGUUAAAGAGGAGAAAAUUGAAGAAGAGGAGAAAUCUGAAGCAGCUCUAAAUGGAGAAAAAACCUCUUCUACUCGAAAGCAUAAAAAACACAAGAGAAAACAUAGGAGACCUGGGUCCUCUAGAUCAGAGAAAGCUAAAGCACAUAGUGCCUCAGAGAAGGCAAAAGUGCAUAAUAACAUUGAUACCGUCAAUGCUAAAGAACCCAAGGUAAAAAUUGAUUAUAAUGAUGAAGAAGAGACCCACAUACCAUCAGAUAAUGAACAGAUACCUACCGGAGAGCCAAAAAUGAAAAGGUUUCGGCGCUCAAAGAAAAAACACAGGCGUAGCGCAGGUCAUGAAAAUAGCUCUGAAAAUGUUAUAAAAUUGCAAGAGACAAGUAAAGAUGACCUUAGCAUUAUUUUCAAAACACACAAAAAAUCAGUAGAAGAGAAUAAAAAACCAGAUUCUGUUAAAACUACCCCAAACAAAAAUGUCCCCGUUAAAGACCAAACGAUUGUUAAAAAAGAAGCUGUUAACGAGUCUGCAAAUAAAACACCAAAUGGUGGACUAUCAUCAACUCGCAAGCGGUCAGCUAGCAUUUCAGCUUCGGACUCUGCCACUCCAGCUAAAAUAACCAAAUCUGAGAAAAGUGAUCCCACUGAGGACUCAUGGAGUAAGAUGGAAGGUCUCUUUGAACAUAAAGAAGAAGGGGAGGGGACAAAGAGCAAGUGGGAUACAAGUGAGAGUGAGGGUGAAGAUGCCUUAACUAAAACCCUUACUGCUAAUGGCCCUGCUGCCGUGUCUGAAGAGGAUAAGGCUAAGCAGGAACCCAAGCAGGUGAAUGGCAAGAUACCUUUCUCUAAAACUGUAGUCAGUCAAAGUAAUUUGGCAAGCAACCAUGUCAACAAGCAGACAACUCCAAAUACUACUAGUCAUGUUAGCACAGGCACAGAGCAGAACAAAACAAAAGCUGAUUUGGACAAUAAUAACAAGGAGAGUUCUGUAUCUACCAAUCCUAAAUCUCAACGUAAGUCCCGAAGCCAUAACAGAAGUAGCAGACGAUCGUACAGCUCAUCUGACUGGUCAUCGAGGUCACGUUCUAGAUCAAGGUCUCCUAGGUCCAGAUCUGAUUCCUAUAGAAGCUACACAGAUGAAUCCCGAUACAGUGAUGAGUCACGAUCCCCUAGUCGUUCAUCUAGAAGUUAUACCCGGAGUCGAUCUCGCCAUCGUCACCACCACAGAAGAUCUUCAUCGAGACGCCGCCGAAGUCACAGCUACAGUAGUCGCUCCAGCUCCAGCUGGUCACGAAGCAGGUCUUACACACGCUCUAGGAGUUACACUAGGUCAGUUUCUCGCUCCCGUUCCAGGCGGGGAAAAUCCAGAAGUCCAAGAAACAAACUCAGGAAGAUUAUCAAGUCCCCUGUUUUACCUGCUUUAGCUACUAAUAUAACUGUAGCACCAGUAACUGGAAGUACAACUGGUGGUAAAGGGGGAAGUACUGGUGGAGGUCCUCCUGAGGAUAUACCUUUGCCUGGCAAAGAAUCUCCAGCUGAAUCAAGUCAAACGGAUAAAGAGAAAAAAGAAGAAGCAGGUCUUAUUGAUAUACCUCUACCAGAUGCUGGGGACAAGGCAAAGGUUGAAACCAAAGAUGCAUCAUCUGGUGCAGUAACAUCUUCAACAUCAACUUCACUUACUAAUUCUGUUGCUGGCUCAUCACUUGUAGCCAACACAACAUUAAGCACUGCGACACCAGAAAGCACACCAGCAGUAGCUCAACCCGAACCUCUGAUGGGAUCAAUAGAUCAUACUGGUGAUCAUUCAGGGUAUGAUCUACAUGGCUACAACCAUAUGGGCUACCAGUCUGCUCAUGACCCUUCAUUCUGUGAGGACACUGGCUAUGAAAGUUUUGAUUUUGAUGGAGGUGAAUAUGACCCUGGAUAUGAUGAAAGUCAGGAGGAAUAUGACUAUAAUCAUGACCCAUAUCAUCAUCCACCAUUGAGACAUCCAGGGCCAAAUAUGCAUCCUCGUCUCAGGGGCCCCCCUCCUCCAGGAUAUCGGGGUCCACCGCCUCGAAUGUUUCCACCACAUGAUCCUCGCUUUGGGCCUCCUAGACCAGGAAUGGGCCCACCUAGGAUGGGUCCAAAUGGACCAAUGGGGCCCAGGGGACCUCGACCUCCAAUGGGUCCAAUGGGGCCACUUGGAAUGAGAGGACCACCUCGAGGCCCACCUCGUGGUCCACCAGGACCAAGAGGGCCUCCAGGAAUGCAUGGACCUCCUGGAAUGCGAGGUCCACCUCGACCAGGAAUGAUGGGUCCUCCAGGACCAAUGGGACCAGGUGGCCCUCGUUCAAGAAUGGGACCUCCAAGAAUGGGUCCACCCAUGCCUGGUCAAGGCUCACGCUCCAGAAUGGGACCACCUGGAUCUAUGUCAGGUUCAAGAGAUGGACAGUUUCCUCAUAUGAGACCAGGAAUGCCUCAUCCACGUGGUCCAGGGGGCCAGAAUUAUAGAAAUCCUAUGCUUAACUUCAGUCAGCCACCACCUAAUUUUCAUGUGCCGCCUCCUGCAAGUUCAUCAGGUGCAUCUGAAGGCAAUUCUGAGUCUCUUGAACCACCACCACUACCACCCCCCAAACCACCUACACCUCAACCCCCACCACCACCAAAGAAAGAAGAGAUAAAGCCAAUGGCACCCCUCAUUCCACCAGAGCAGGCUGAGCAAUAUAGAAAACUACAAGUAAGUCAUUUUAAUUAGAACUACAUGAAGAGAUAUGCAAGACUUACACAAACUAUGUUAUUUGAUCAAGUUAAAUAUUUCAUUUACUAUCCAUUAUUGCCCCUGGGUUCUAAAAUAAUUUUAAAUGCAUGCUAGCUUUCAUAAUUUUUUUGUAUGUUGGAAACUGAAAAUUCAGCUUGUGCUUGUUCCAUUUAUAUACAUUUUAAAUACAUUUGAUACUCUGCAAAUAAUAAUUUUGAUACCAACUAUUUUCUUGUGCAGAAAGAACAAAAAUUAUUUUUAAGUUUUUUAAUUUUUCAAUGCUUGACCUGAUUUUCUUUUCUUUAAGGAACAGGCUCAAAAACAUGCCAAGAAGCAGCAGCGAAAACAAGAGCAUCAAGCGAAAGGGGAACCAGAGAGCAGUGAUGAAGAUGAAGAAGAGUUGGCCAAGAAGAAAGAGGACGAAGCCAAGUUGGCUGCUGAGCAGAAGGAGAUGGAAGAGGCUGCACUACUUGCAGCACAAGGAGCUGAUGAAGUGAAUGUUGAUGAAAGAACCACCAUUCUUCUACCAGCCACUCAGUCUCCAUUGGUUCAGCAACCGACAGUUGUACUCCAGCCGCAUCCUGUGGCUGCGUCCCCUUCGCCGUAUGGCCUUGUGUCUACUCCUCAUCUGGUACAUGCUACUCACCCAGCUCUGCAUGCAGCACAAUUGCAUCAUCAGCAUGUCAUGGCUUCAGCUCAACCUCAGCUUGUGCAACUACCCAAUGGGCAGGUUGCAUAUGCAACUCCUUCCUCUAUUCCCUAUCAGGCUGGGGCACCUAUGAUUGCUAUGCCCCACCACGCUCUCCAAGCAUCACCCAUGCAACAACAUGUGAUGCUGUCAUCAGGAGCAGUCCAUCCUCAUCAAGUUCAAAUGGCUGCUCACCCUGGCAUUGCAGUAACUAGUGCUCAGUAUGUUACUCACAUGAUGGCUGCCCAGGCCCAAGCUCAGGCUCAAGCCCAUGCACAAGCCCAAGCUCAAGCCCAAGCUGUUCAGUUCCAAGCUGCUCAGGCACAGGCAGCCCAUGCUCAAGCUGCCCAAUUUCAUGGACUAAUGCCAGGGAUGCACCAUGUCAUGCCUGGUGUCCACCCUCAAGGACAGUUUAUUCUUGUACCUAGACUUGCAAGGCCACACAUGUAAUGAAACCUGACUCAUUGUUAAUAGAAAAAAAUCUACUUAUACAGAAUUCCCUACUGAAUUCCAAAAUGUAUAAUUCAAAUUUUAUGUUGUUAGCAUUGGUAUGCUAGCUUGGUAUUAGAAAUGCAGUGUGGUAUUAAAAAGUUAGUUGAGGUCAAGAUGUCUGCAAGGGACACUUUCAUAAACGGCCAAUCCAGAGCUGCAAAUAAGACUCUUCUAAGCGAUGCUGAAAUUUACUAUGUCUGUUAGCUAAGCCAGCUCUUGAAAAGCAGCAGAAGCUGGUUCUGUGGCUGACCUUCUUUACUGUUUGAAUAGAUGGCAGCAACAGGAACCUUCCAAACAAAUAAUUGGGGGUCAUGGGGUUUAGCCUGGCUUGGAAACUCACCACCUUAAUCUGAGUUUCCUAGUACCAGAGUGUACAAACACGCUAUAGAACUACAAACACUUAUCUUGACAACAGGGUGUAAGUGCAAUUUACAGUUUUGUUUUGAUUUGAUUACCAAUUCAUUCAAACAUCUGUAUGACUUCACAAUGACAUAGUUUCAUUAUACUAUGUGAUAGUAGCUAGUUUCCAUUUUGUUUCCUUGUGAUUUUGAAGUAAAAGCCCACACUUCAUGUGGUCAAAGUUGUAUUUAUAUUAAAGAAAAUAAUUGUGGCUUUAAUUAAUUCCUUGAAUAAUUUCUGUUUUUUUUAAAGGACUAUGCAAAUGGUGACAAGUACCAUAAUUUUUCCCUAGUUGAAAAUCUUAUAAAUUUAUGCACAACUAAAAUAUAAUUUCUAAUUCAGAGCACACAUUAAAAUUAUACAAUGAGCCUAAAGACAUGGAGCGAAAAAGAUAUUACCCGAAUCCUAUAUAUGUGAAACCAAGAAUAUAGAUGUAUUAGCCCUUCAAUAGGUAAAUGAGCUAGUUCCAUACUGAAUUAUUAAGUCCUUCAAUGUCUUAAGAUGCCAAAUUAUUGAGACCUUAUGUUCACAUCAAUAGAAAAUCAGUUUGGGGUCUAUGGGUUAAUGAGUGGAAAAUUGUAUUAAAGAAAUCACAGUCCUAUAUUAAACACUUUUCAUCUAUAAGAUGCCUGUUAGCUUGUAAAUAUUGUUUUAUUUCUUAUAAAUUAUUAAAUAUUUACUGUCACUGCUAAUUUUGAUUUUAUUUGUAAUAUGUAAUAGAAUGACAUGUCAUUUACGUCACACCAUGAUUAUAAAUAUAUUGUUUUGUAUUGAAGAUUAUUGUGAGGAUUAAUAUAAAUUUUUGUUUUAAACAUUGUAUUUUUUUUAUUAUGCUGGAUAAAUCUAUCCUUGCU